UGGACAUUUAACUUUAUACAGUACAGCUAGUGCGGUGACCAUUCUUUGCUGUGCACUCUUGCAUAUGGGUUUCAAAUGGUUUCAUGCAGAUGUCAGAGGCAAGGAAGGACGCACAAGCAACAUAGGUCAAACGUUUCGGUUCAUCAUUUUCCUGAUUACCAGAUGUACGUUACAGGUUAGUCUUACACAGCGAAGGCGGAGAUGAAACUAACAGUUUUUUGUGGUGUCGGUCCAUCUGUCAAUUUCGUUUGUGGAAUUGGACGAACUGUAGCGCUGUAGAACUUGCAGGCAUGCAUUAUUAUAAUCAUUUCAGGUGUCAGUUGUUCGAUGUUGUUCGUGUAAAACUACAAAUACAUGUCCUUAUAAGUUUGGCCAAGGGAACAUGCAUAAUCUGUGUAAUUAACCUUUUACAUACUUGGUGCUACUCCGCCUGCUUACCAUGAUGCGUUGCCCAAGCCAGCCCGCCGAGGCAAACGUCGCGUGGAGACUGAACAGCAGGACCUGGACAUGCAGAAGCUCUUGGAUGACUGCAAUGGCUAUCACAAUGACUAUUUUCAACCCAGUUUGUAUACCAUUAUUGCAAAUAUUCUUGUUUUGAUCACAAAUCCAGUGUAUCCAGUUUGGUGUGCAUUUCAUGCCUUGUGGAGUGCAAGAGUUGGAUGCCAGAGUGGCAAAUACUGGGAAGGCAUUGCAGACAGAUUGAAAUCCAAUGAUUCUUUGAGGGUGGCUGUAUUUGAUUUUGGUUCGUCAAUUUACGUGAACGUGAGCACAAUAGCAUGGUGUUUGGCAGGUGAGGAUGGAAGACAGAUAUUUGCCACUGAAGUGUUGCUCCCAAGGUGGCUUGUACUAGGUACUUCAUUGAGAAUUGCAGCAGCACGGGACUUGCAUCCAAAAGAUUGGAAGGAUUUGGUUGGUCAAGUGAACGACUACUGUGAUUCUCGUGGUCCCUACAGUGGCUGUUGCCGCUUCGCUGGCAACAGAGAACGAGCAUGUGCGAAAGGUUCACCAAAGGAGCCUGUUGAUGAGCAAUCUAGGGACCAUGUCAGCAUAUUUUCCGAGCACACCCUCCAAAGAAUCCUUAUUGUGCUCAAAGUUCCCAAGAUGCAGUCGGUUUACUUUCGCGUGUUUGAGUCGGAAAUCGAAUACGAAUCCAUGUUGCUGUCAGAACGCCUAUGUCACCUUGCACACAAGUCCUUGCUGCGCCACCUUCGUCGUAUCCAGGCCUUCCCAACUGAACUGGAGAUGAGAAUUGAUCCCACAGACUCUACAAACCCUACAGAGGAUAUUAUAUCAAAGGAUUUUAUGUCAGUGUAUCGCACGGCGUUUGAAAAUAAAAAGAUGCCGUUGGUGGUGCUGGCAGAGCAGAUGCUGGUUGGCUGGCCAGCUGUUCAAAAAGGUCCACUCCACUACAUCGGUAUCGCAGCACGUCUUCUUCUGAUCUUGCUGUCAAUUGCCUUGUUCGUUUUUGGGGCGCUCUUUCCCGGUUUGCUACGACGCGGAGGGGGAGGAUCGUUCCUGCCCCACAACACAUGGUGCAAAGUUGUGGCAGUCAUCUUCAUGCUUACUCUUGGACAGACAGGCUGGCUGUUGGGCUGUGUCGCCCCUACGCAAUUGCAGAUGCUUUUCUCUAGUAUGGCCAGGUCCUUUAGGGUGCUUAAUUCGAUGUUGAUGGGGAAGCGUGCUGCCCAAGCAGAGUGCGUUCCCUACAUACGCGUAUGCAAUAUUGAUGACAUAGUAGCCUGGUACGAGCUGUAUGCCUUGUUCAUUGGAAGUGCUAGACGCGUGAAGUUUCCCUUGGAGGUUGGUUUUGCACAUAAUGUUUUGACCGUCGUGGGCAUGUCGUCAUUGCUCGUCUGGCAUGGUAUCGAUCCUCUGUGGCAGCCUGGAGUCUUGUUUGGUGCGACCAUGGUCUUCUUCAUCGCGUUUUUGGUUUUCUCAGUGCCUCCUUUGCUUGUGGGUCUCAGGGCGAACAUGUUGGGCCGGGAAACCAUCAACCUCCUUUGGGGGCAUGCGACCGAAUCACGGGCAUACCUUCACAAGCUGGAGAGGGAACUUGGCAAGGCCAAAACUUUAGGAACAAAACGUGAGCUCACAGCAAAGAUCAAAGAAGCCAAAUCAGCGAUUGAUCUGACCGUUGACAUUGCCCAGCGACUGAGAUUGGAUUCUGCCUUAGUGAUUAGAACCUUGGGGAUGGAGUUGACCAUGGCACAAUUCACCGCAAUCGCAUCCCUGGCGUCUACUGCGCUGAUCUACGCCUUCAACAACCGGCAUGUCAUCGAAAAGAAACUCGAGGCAUUUGCAUUUUGAGCAGCAACUAAAUUCCUGAGUAGUGUUGCCAUGCAUUUUGCACGGAAUGCAGCGAAGUGUCCAGAAGUAUCGUGAGUACUCUGAGCGCAUCGUCUCCGUUUGUCGUUUGUGAGUCAAUCAGGCCUUGAUCAGGCAGGAGGUUGUUAGCCUAGCUUUUUUGUCCUUGGAAGUCAGGAAAGAAUGCUCCUGGAGUUGCAACACAUUUUGGCAGUUGUGUUUUACAGGUUUGAGACUCACAGGCAACACGGACAGGCUUUGCCAGACGGGAACACAUCUCAAGCAAAGAUCCACCUUUCCGCCAUGCUCGUUUAAAU